AUGAUGCUUCUUCUUCUUGUGAGCCUUGUUGCUUUGCAAGGUUUUGUAUUACCAAUCUGCUAUUGCCAGACCAAUACUCCUCAGAAUAUUGAAACAUUUUAUCCAAUUCAAACUCAAGAACCACCCCUCCCAAUCCAACCUCCUGAGUCACCACCAAAGCCACAUGCACCACCUCCAUCACCAGGACCAGUGGCUGCAACAACAACCUUUUCAUCAAGCAGUAAGGUAGGGACAGCAGUAGCUGCAACUGCAGCAGGUACUAUUGUUGUUUCUGGUUUGGUUUUCUUCUUGGUUAGAAGGUGCUUCAGAACAAGGAAGAGGAAGGAAACCACAAACAGCACUGUUUCUGCUGUAGAUAGGCGUGUUACACCUCAGGUUGAGGUGUUUGAGAGAGUGGAAGGAAACGUGAAGGGACUGAUCGUUGAUGAGGAUGGUUUGGAUGUGAUUUAUUGGAGAAAACUUGAAGGUAAAAAAUUACCAGAAAAGAAUUUCCAAAGGGAGGUGUUGGAUUUUCCCAAAGACAAAGAAGAUGAUCACGAGGGGCAUUUAGUGAAAAGAUAUGAAUCCAUUCAAGAAACUCCUCUUCUUCGAGAGAGAUCUUCAACUUCCCACAUGAAUAUAUUUCUUCCAAAGGAGUCCUACACAAUCAUGAGAAUUCCACCUCCUGCUCCUCCUCCCACUGUUCCUUCUUCAGUUGGAGGCUCUCCUACUCAACCAUCUUCUCCAUCCUUUACCCCUUCAUCACCAAAACCAAUCUCCAAUUUUUUCUCAUCAAUUCCAAACAUUACAAAUUCUGCAACACCGAUUGCCCCUCCCACAGUACCUGAUAAGAAGAAUGAAGCUACAAUACCAGCAUCAGCACCAUCACCUCCUCCACCAAUCCUAGACAUAAAGAACUCACCACAACCACCACCUCCUCCACCAAUCCUAGAUAAAAAAAACUCGACACAGCCACCACCUCCUCCACCAAUUCCAAAUAACAAGAACUUAGCAGGAGCAGCUCCUCCUCCUCCUCCUCCUCCUCCUCCACCAAUACCUCCUAGAAAGAGUCCAGCACCACCUCCUCAUCCACCAAAGGCAAGUGGUUUGAAGUCAUCAUCAAAACCACCAGCUAACCCUAUUGAAAGAAUAGCAGGUACAACAAGUAAGCAAGGCAACACUUCACCUGAGGUAAAACUUAAGCCAUUACAUUGGGAUAAGGUGAAUACCAACCUUGAUCACUCUAUGGUGUGGGACAAAAUUGACCGUGGUUCUUUCAGGGUUGAUGAUGAUCUUAUGGAAGCUCUCUUCGGGUUAGUCGCCACCAACCGAAAUGAUAAUGCCCCCAAAGAAAAUAACUCAACGAGUUCUAGCAGGGAUGCUUUGGCUCCAUCAUCAAAUGCCUUCCUUCUUGACCCAAGAAAAUCACAAAACGUUGCUAUUGUUUUGAAAUCUCUGGCAAUCUCUCGUAAGGAGAUUAUUGACGCACUCAUUGAUGGUCAAGGCCUUAACAUAGAGACCAUUGAAAAGCUUGGUAGAAUAGCCCCAACAGAAGAAGAGCAAUCACUUAUACUUGCAUAUGAAGGAGACCCUUCAAAACUUGCUGAAGCUGAAUCUUUCCUACGUCACAUUCUCAAAGCUGUUCCUUCAGCAUUUAAGCGAUUGAAUGCUUUGCUAUUCAGGUUGAAUUAUGACUCCGAGAUUCUAGAGAUCAAGGAGUUUCUGCAGACCCUUGAGAUCGGGUGCAAGGAGCUUCGAAACCAAGGAAUGUUUGUGAAACUUCUUGAAGCAGUGCUCAAGGCUGGAAAUCGCAUGAAUGCAGGCACUCACAGGGGUAAUGCUCAAGCUUUCAACUUGGCUUCUCUAAGAAAGCUCGCUGAUGUCAAGAGCACUGAUGGAAAAACCACAUUGCUUCACUUUGUUGUUGAAGAAGUUGUUCGUUCUGAAGGAAAACGUGCUGUUCUAAGUCGCAAUCGCAGUUUGAGUCGUAGUAGCAGUAGGGACAGUAACAGUAGCGGAGACUCUCAAAACUCUUCUGGUUCAAAUGAACAAAGAAAAAGGGAAUAUAUAACACUAGGAUUGCCAGUUGUGGGAGGGAUCAGUUCUGAAUUUUCCAACGUGAAGAAAGCUGCGGUUACAGAUUACAACAGUUUUCUUGCUUCAAUCUCAGCACUCUCAGCCAGGAUUGUUGAGAUUAGAGAACUUGUUUCCCGGUGUGGAAAUGACAAAGGAGGGAACUUUGUGAGAGAAAUGAACCGUUUUCUUGAAAGUGCAGAGGAAGAAUUGAGAUUAGUCAGGGAAGAGCAAACAAGGGUAAUGCAAAUUGUGAAAAGAACAACAGAUUAUUAUCAAGGAGGAGCUUCAAAGGAUAGCGCAGAACACCCUCUAUAUCUAUUUGUCAUAGUUAAGGAUUUUCUGGGAAUGGUUGAUCAAGCAUGCAUUGAGAUUGCUCGAAACAUGCAGAAGAGAAAGACACCUAAGAGCUCAAAAUGGCGACAUUACUUGCUUUGUUUCAUUCAAAAUAUGAAUGAGAUAGCUCCCAGUUUGUGGUGGCUCAUAAGAGAGGAUCUUGUGCUGCCAACUGCUAACCAUUGGAGGUUUGGAAAUACUGUGAAAGCAGUUUUCUUUUGCAUUGAUAGGGCCAGUUCUCGCUGGCAUAUUCAGAAGCUAAAACCAUUCUUUUAG